GAAGCCUAAGGUUGUCGAAUUCAAAGGAUCUAAUCAGCAUUUGGAAGUGGUUAAAUUCAUCAAUGGCAUGGGUCUUCGAGGACUGGACCUCACUGUCUCCGAGAACAUAGAAUCACAACGUUUGAACAAGUGGACCAAGGCGGAAAACUCCAUUCAGGUUAUCAAUACGAUCGCCUAUGCUACCGGAAUGAUUUCGUACGAAAAAAUUGCAGCGCAAGAGCACAGCUUAGAGACGGGCGAUGUAAGUUUGGCAAACGAGAUGUUCGAGAGCAUGUUGAAGAAACUCGUCCGUAACGUUCCCAUCGGUGUUGCGUCCCUAUACUGGUUCACUUUGAUACCGCUUGUCUUUGUAAUGCAUACUGAGGAAAAAGGAUGGGAGGCCAGGUUUUCAUUGCUCAUCAAGUGUCAGCCAAGCGAAGGCUGUGAUUGCUACGUUGAUAUGACUGGACGCGUCUAUAAGAGUUUUCGGAAGUUUCUAAAACGUAACACAUUUCCCCGUGGGAUACUCUGCUACCCGGCUAACGUAAUUUUCGAGCUGGAUGAUCAGAACAACGUUAAAAUCGAGUACACAGUGGUUGACAAAGCAGAAAAGUUUGCAGCAAUAUUGAACAAAGUGGUUGCAGUGAUAUAUGUCUCGUGUUUGCCGUUUUUUCCUAUAACGAGUACUGUGCUAAUGCUGUCUUAUACUUGUAUUCGUAAAGGAGUCCAAUCUAUGACGCUGAAACAUCGCAAGUUUCCCGAUACCGUAGCCGGCUGGUCAUACAUUGUGAAGGGUUUCAUGUAUUUCAUCGAUUAUGGCCUACAGAUACUCAUUGAUGCUGACUAUGCGCAAUCUAUCUUUGGGUCAGUUGAAUUUCUGCUCCAGGAGAAUAGCUGGAGUCAAAUGCCGUUAGAUCAUCGGACAAAAUUUGCCUUUUCCAUAUGUUUCUGUAAUCAUGUGGCUCCAUCGUUGGAAAAUGGCAAACGCGAACUCGAAGAAUAUCGGAUUAAGACCUUGUGUAAAACCUACAAGCUGUUUGUGAAUGGUUCGUUCAAUGAACAGUUGUUCGAAGAACUGAUGGUGUCAUGUUCAUCCGACCAAUCGAAAGUUGCCGCACUUUUGUUCCUUGCUCGUACGCUGAUUAAACAUAAUUCAUCCAUUGCACUGACAGAGGACUUCGCCACGAUUAUGCUCGGAGAUCGAAAACUGCGGUUUAAGUGCAUUCUUAAGCUUGCUAAUGAAGACAUCAGAGAGCUGGGGAAUAUAAUCGAGAAAACAGAUGAUAAUUUAGAAAACCUCUUUUCGAUGCUGAUUGAAUCAUUUGAAGUCGCAACAACAGUGCAAUUGUUUGGUGAACGCGAGUACGAUGAAGAAUAUAUGAAGACUUUGUGUAAGACCUAUAAGCAGUUUGUGAGUGGUUCGUUCAAUGAACAUAAGUUUAGAAGAUUGGUGUUGCCACGAUCAUCCGAUCAAUCGAAAUUUGACGCACUUUUGUUCCUUGCCAGUAAGUUGAUUGAUAGGAAGUUUACCGUUGCACUGUCGAGGGACUUUGCCAAGGUUAAGAUCGGGGAUCGAAAACUGCUGUUUAGAAGAAUACUCCAGCUUACAAGGGAAGACAUCAAAAAGUUGGGAAAUGUAUUCGAACAAAUAGAUGAAAACUUAGACAAACUGUUUUCGAUGCUGUGUAAAUCAUUUAAAACCAGAACUACAUGGCAGUUGCUAGCGCCUAGUUGGUAUUUAGUCAAUUCUCUAAGUCGAUCAGUAUUUUCAACAAGCGGAAGAUCCGGAACAGCCGUAGUCGGCUAGCUACUGGGUAAUUAUAGGGUUUCGCGAAGUAAUCUCGCAUAACUUUUUAAAAG